CAUUUCCCAGAAGCAAACCCUAAUCGUCUCCAUCUCCUCCUCAGCAAUGGCCACCGCCGCUGCUCGUCCUCUCGUUUCCGUUCAGCCCCUUGAAAAUGACAUGGCCACCGAUGGAUCCGCCGGCAACUCAGUCCCUCUGGCGAAUGUGAUGAAGGCCCCGAUCCGCCCCGACGUGGUCACCUUCGUCCACGCCAACGUCUCCAAAAAUUCCCGUCAGCCCUACGCCGUGUCGUCGAAGGCGGGCCACCAGACCUCCGCCGAGUCAUGGGGUACCGGCCGCGCCGUGUCCCGUAUCCCCCGUGUUCCUGGUGGCGGUACUCACCGUGCCGGACAGGGUGCGUUCGGGAACAUGUGUCGUGGUGGGAGAAUGUUCGCCCCCACCAAGAUCUGGCGCCGCUGGCACCGUAGGAUCCCUGUGAAUCAGAANCAAAAAUUCCCGUCAGCCCUACGCCGUGUCGUCGAAGGCGGGCCACCAGACCUCCGCCGAGUCAUGGGGUACCGGCCGCGCCGUGUCCCGUAUCCCCCGUGUUCCUGGUGGCGGUACUCACCGUGCCGGACAGGGUGCGUUCGGGAACAUGUGUCGUGGUGGGAGAAUGUUCGCCCCCACCAAGAUCUGGCGCCGCUGGCACCGUAGGAUCCCUGUGAAUCAGAAAAGGUACGCCACGGCUUCUGCCAUAGCUGCAUCCGCUGUUCCUUCCCUAGUUGCUGCUCGUGGACAUCGGAUUGAGACUGUGCCGGAGAUCCCUCUUGUGAUCUCUGAUUCCGCUGAGGGAAUUGAGAAGACAUCCAAUGCUAUUAAGAUUCUCAAGGAGAUUGGUGCGUAUGCUGAUGUGGAGAAGGCAAUAGAUAGUCAGGCCAUCCGCGCCGGAAAAGGUAAGAUGCGAAAUCGCCGCUACAUUUCUCGCAAGGGACCUUUGAUUGUUUAUGCUACUGAGGGCGCUAAGCUGGUAAGGGCCUUCCGAAACAUUCCCGGGGUAGAUAUCUGUCAUGUUAGCCGUCUGAACAUUCUUAAGCUUGCUCCCGGUGGCCAUCUUGGGCGUUUUAUAAUCUGGACGAGGUCUGCAUUUGAGAAACUGGAUGAGAUCUAUGGGUCAUUUGAUAAGCCAUCUCUGAUGAAGAAGGGUUAUGUCUUGCCAAGGCCAAAGAUGGCCAAUGCUGAUCUCGCUAGGAUCAUCAAUUCUGAUGAGGUGCAGUCUGUAGUGAGACCUACCAAGAAGGGAGUGAAGAGAGCUGUUCGCAAGAAGAAUCCAUUGAAGAACCUGAACGUGCUUCUCAAGCUCAAUCCUUAUGCUAAGACUGCCCGGAGGAUGGCCCUUCUUGCCGAAGCACAGCGUACCAAGGAAAAAUCUGAGAAGCUCUCCAAGACAAGAACUCCACUCUCAAAGGAGGAGGCUGCUAAGAUUAAGGCAGCAGGGAAGGCAUGGUACCAGACAAUGAUUUCGGACAGCGAUUACACAGAGUUUGACAACUUCUCAAAGUGGUUGGGUGCGUCUCAGUGAUUCCAAGCUUUUUGGACAUUUCACUCCCUGCUUAGAGUUUAAAUCUUUCUUACUCUUUUUUUUUGCAAUUUUGUGAUGGAGAGACAUGUUGUGGAGUUUGGGAAGGAAUGGCUCUGCAUUUCUUCCCAAAUCUCCAGUAAGUUAUUAAGACAAAACUGGUAUGGUGUUUUCCAUUUCUUAUUGCCUUGUGUUUAUCAUCAGAUGAUGAAUUGUGACAUUCUGUUUUCAUUCCAAGUUUCUAGUAGAUCAUUGG